CCCUAGAAAAAUCCCCCGAUUUACGCAGCCGCACCAUUGCGUUUCCUCUUCCCCACUCACCAGAGAAAUCCCCAAAUUAAUCUCACUCUUUACCUCACUUUCCUUUUUUGAUUAUUCCCACGAAUUUCUGAGAUUUAUCCAUCCUCAAGCUCGAUCGAAGCUUCGAAGUAUCCGACUUAGCUUUAAAGAGAUGACUUUGUCUCGCAGCCCACACGGUUGCGGCGUCGUCGAUUUGGGUUUCUCACGGUGGUGAUGGACGGUUUAGAGGUAACUUGUUCCGUCGACGUUUUUGUGCCGGCUAAGCUUAUGGGAUCUGAAGGGUGUGGUGGGGUUAGGGUUUCGUCGAACAAAGCAGAUAACAACUGUGAGAAGGCUCGUGCCUCGAUUGGCGUCAAUUCUUCGAUUGAGCGUUGCAGUGCUUCAAUUAGCAAAAAAGGAGCAGGAAGCAGCAGUGGGGCUUCAGAUUCAUCGCUAUGGCGCAAAUUGAUGCACUCACACGACUUUGUACAUGAUAGGCUUACGAAACUUCGGGUCGAAAAUUCAUCGGAGCCUCAAAACGGUUAUCUACCGAUUGCUAGUCCAGAAAGCGCCGAGUCUCCGAGGAAAAGAGGAAAACUUUCGAGAAGUAGUAGUAGUAAUGUGACUUCGAAGAGGACGAAAUUGAUUCUUCUGGAUGAAACAGUGAGCACAGUGAGGGUUAAUGACACGAAAGAGAUAUGUGGACAAGGACCUACUCACUCAGAUAAACCCUUAGCAGUGAAGCAACGAAGCAGCUGUAAUGGCAGGCGAAGUGAUAAGAGGAAUUCAAAAGUUCCCACGAGAAGUUUUUCAACAGUCAGUUCAGCCACUGGCGAGAAUGCUUUUUUCGGUGCCUACGGUCUGAAGCCUGAGAUAAAUGAUGUUACCAAACUCAUUGAAGAUUUGUCAUUGAAGAAGCUUCUUGAAGGCUCAUGCGAGUGUCCUUCUUUGGGCAAAGGCAAGGAUCAUUGUGUCAACUCUGAAAUUCCUUCCACACCACUGAAUUUUCCAAUAUGCGAGUCUAGCGAUGUAUUGAAAAGAUUAGGCCUUCCUCCGCCGAAAGAUUUAGACUCUCUGCUCCAAGAUGCUUCGAAACCUUCUCAGAACUCUAAGAACAUGCCGGACCAGCAGCGCUCAGCUAAACAACUACCUCCUCGUGGUGGAUUGCCACAUUUCCCUUGGUCACAGGCUUAUAAUGGGAGCUCUAGAACCAACUCAGAAGCUGCAAAGCUUCUAACCGGCAAAACGCUUUGUCAAGGACGAUGGCUAAGAAUAGCCGACGCUACUCUGAGCUCUCCAGAGAGUAUUACCGAUCAUUUCGCAAAUCUGGACUCACUCACUUUCAACCAAAGCCUAGUCCUUCCAUUACAGAAGCAAACUAUCACUGGAACUAAGACCUCUCAGACAAUUUCCGCUAACACCAAUUCAUGCCAGUGCACAGAAGCAUCUGUUUCUACUUUUCAAAAAGCUUCCUUUGUUCCUACAGCAAAUGCAGAACCAGAGGGAUCCCGGGAUGUUCAUGACGAUGCUCUAUCUUGUCCUCAGCUGUUAGCGGCUGCUCAAACGCUGUGUGACAUUGCAGUCCAAUCCACAAACCACAACAACCCAAAUGGAAUCCUCAGAUGGCCAAAGAAGCUCUCUCAGAAGUCCAUGAAAGCCCGCAAAUCCAAACUGAUCGAAAAGCCUCUCGAAAGACACGGAACAACGGUCUCAACCUUAGAUCUUAACUUAAUCAGCAAGAACAAAAACCACGUGAGCAAAGAUUCAGCAGCAGAGCAGAAUCGUCAUCACCAUCUUCCUAAGCCUUCAAAGAGACUGAAACUAUCAACAAUGGAGAACAAGAAAGGAUCAUUCCCAAGCCCAUCAUCAUCAUCAGCAAUAGAAUCAGAUAGAAAACAUUCAUCUUCAAGCAAGUUCAAGAAUCAUUCCCGUCUGAUGCCGCCGCCUCCACCACCAACGAGAACACUCCAAAAAUCAUCCACUUAUCCUCAAAAGUCUCGGAAAUUUUCAGGAAUCGGUUGGAAAUGAGCCUGGUGAAUCAAUCCAUGGAAACUGAUCUUGUUUACUCGAAACAAACAAAACCACGUCGUAGGGGUCAUCUGUAAAUAUAAAUGGUGUCACGGUGUAAGGUAAGUUCUUCUCCAUGUGCACAGUUUAGGUGCAGAAGACUAUAUAUAUAUAUAUAUGGUUGAUAUAUGUAUCGCCUUCAAUGUUGUAACAUUUUUUUCAGUCGUAGUUGUAGCCACACAGUUCUAUUAAGGUCUGUUGUGUUUGAAGAUUUUUAAUUCUACGAGGUUAAUGAUAUAAAAUCCCAACUUUAAUAUCUUUGCAUAUGUUCUACUUGUUUAUCAUUGUUAUUGAACUAAAGACUUUUAACUCUUUAGAGGUGUG